AUGUCGAAGAGGCCGCGCGCAUGCUGCAGGACGUCCAGGUGCCACAAACUGCUGCUGCUGCUGCUGCUGCUGCUGCAGCUGGUGUUGCUGCUGCUGCUGCUGCAGGAGCUGGUGUUGCUGCUGCUGCUGCUGCUGCAGGAGCUGGUGUUGUUGUUGUUGCUGCUGCUGCUGCUUCUGGAGCUGCUGCUGCUACUGCUGCUGCUGCUGCUGCUGGAGCUGGUGUUGCUGCUGCUGCUGCUGCUGCUGCUGCAGGUGGAGACUUUCGGAGCGAUGGAGCGGGAGGAAAAGACGAAGUACAUUCUGAAGCAAAUGAUGCUGCUGCUGCAGCAGUCGGACUUCAUCCGCUGCCAGAUCGUCAGCAAGAAGCUGAGUCCGAAGCUGCUGGAGGCGCCGGACUUGCAAACUUUAAAAGUCAAAUAUUACGAACUUAUGAUCUUUUAUUAUUUGCACGAAGAAGCACUUCUUGAUGUUGCGAAAUGUUUUGGCCACAUUUACAACACGCAGAUCGUCCGCGACGACUCCGCGCGCACGAACGAGUGCCUCGAGUUCUUCAGCAUCUUCAUGGUCCUCGCGCCCUUCGACUCCGAAGCCCAAGAGCUCAUUUCCAAAACCCUAAAAGAAGAGAUCAAGAAGCUGCAGCAGCUGCCGACCUUCGAGCAGCUGCUGCGGGACUUGUCGGGAGAAGAACUUCUGUCUUGGCCUUUGCCUUAUGAUGCAGAUUUGCAUUUGCAUGCAGCUUUUGGCGAAGACAAGUUCCCGGGAGGAGAGAAGAGGUGGACGCUGCUGCGCAAACGCGUAAUCCAGCAUAACCUCCGAGUGUUGUGCGCAAACUACAGUGUCAUUCAUUUGGGGCGCGUGGCUUCGCUGCUGGGGAUUCCCGAAGAGGAAGCAGAGGCGGAGCUGUCGGAGCUGGCCAGCGCGGGAGUGCUGGAUGCGAAGAUAGACCGGCCGGCAAGAACUGUGGCAUUUGGAAAGCCCAAAACAGAUUUAGUAGUUUUAGAAGAAUGGUCUUCUGCGUUGUCGAAGCUGCUGGACAAAGUGGACCUCUGCUGCCACAUGAUUCAAAAAGAACGCAUGGUGCAUGCAGCGCGGGCAAAGGCAGCAGCAGCAAACGCGCGAAUGGCUUCUUGA